UAAAAUUCCACCUCCUUGCGAUUGAAUUUCAGUGCUACACGUUGACUCCUUUGGACCCCACUAUCCCAGCCACCCCACUCCACGACCUCCCUAGAACCUUCCCAGAAUGAUAGCCCUCGGCCUCGAAGGCAGCGCCAACAAAAUCGGCAUCGGACUAAUAUCUCACCCCUCCACCCCCUCCAAACCCCCCAUAAUUCUCGCCAACCUCCGCCACACCUACGUUUCUCCUCCAGGCGAAGGCUUCCUGCCAAAAGACACGGCUCUUCACCACCGAGCAUGGGUCGUCAGACUCAUAAAACAAGCAGUCCGACAAGCAGGAGUGCGGGUGGAGGAUAUAGAUGUGAUAUGUUACACCAAAGGACCGGGGAUGGGCGCGCCAUUGCAGAGUGUUGCGCUUGCUGCAAGGACACUGGCGCUGCUUUGGGGGAAGCCGAUGGUGGGGGUUAAUCAUUGUGUUGGACACAUCGAAAUGGGCCGCUCCAUAACCCGUGCCCUCAACCCCGUCGUCCUCUACGUCUCCGGCGGCAACACCCAAGUAAUAGCCUAUUCGUCUCAACGCUACCGCAUCUUCGGCGAAACCCUCGACAUUGCCAUCGGCAACUGCAUCGACCGCUUCGCACGCACACUACUCAUCCCAAAUGACCCGUUCCCCGGCUACAAUGUUGAGCAGCUCGCCAAACACGGGAGGAAUUUGGUCGAUCUGCCGUACACGGUUAAGGGCAUGGAUGCGAGUUUCUCUGGGAUUUUGGCGGCUGCGGACGUGCUUGCUGCAGGCAUUGGGGAAGAUUUGGAUGAGGGUAAGAGGUUAAGGACGGAGGAGGGGGACCUGGUGACGAGGGAGGAUUUAUGCUUUUCGCUGCAGGAAACGGUGUUUGCGAUGCUCGUUGAAAUUACAGAGCGCGCGAUGGCGCACGUAGGAUCUACGCAAGUUCUAGUAGUCGGUGGUGUGGGGUCGAACGAGCGAUUGCAGCAGAUGAUGGGGAUUAUGGCGCGGGAUAGGGGUGGCAGUGUGUUUGCAACUGACGAGAGGUUUUGCAUCGAUAACGGGAUUAUGAUUGCGCAUGCCGGGCUGUUGGAGUAUGAAACGGGAGUUGUGACGAAGUUUGAGGAUACUUCGUGUACGCAGCGGUUUCGGACGGAUGAAGUGUAUGUGGGAUGGAGGGAAUGAGAUCAGAGACGGCAAUUUCACCAAAACAGAGGGAACAGCGCUAUACGGACACUCCGGACACUUUAUCUAUUGCCGCUCCUGGCUGGUUGAGGGAUCGCCUUUACUUCAACAACGCAUAGUUAGGAGGAUGCUGCUUAAGGAAAGCCUAAGAGGCGAAGCAUGAUAUACCCGCAAUUAGCUCCGUUGGAACUACUACCCCAUUGGAGACUAUAUCUAGCUUACCGAACUCUCAUCCGCAACAAGCAGAAACAAAGCAACAAAUAGAACGGUC